AUGGUACUUUCGCCUAAACAUCUGCCACCCUCAUCUCCGAUGUACUGUUCCAUACACGCACCCACAUUCUUGCGACCCCGAGACCUUACGGUCCAUGUGCCAGAGGUGGACCAACAGACGACGACUGCAUCUGAUGACGAUUCCCUGUAUUUCAAUAAGCGACCACGUCAUCUGAGUUCAUCAUCAACGAAACCCUUUCGUCUUUUAAAAUCGCCGUACGCAUCCAUAGACAAUUGUCGAACAGAUAAACGUGCAAGGGACGAGCACAACGAGCAAGAACGAAGUCGUCGACGCGAGUUGGCUGUGAUCUACGAGUUGAUCCGUUGCAGUUUUUCAGAAGAUGAUCUUCGCUAUUUGGAGCCUUACAGUGGACCUAAAUCUAUCGAUAAAUUAUCUUAUCCGCAAGUUCUUCAAGUUGCCUAUCAUCUGUUACGGGAAGAAGAGCAUAACCUGAUGCUUUUUGAGCGAACUCUGGACGAAAUCAAACGAAUUGAGAAAGAGUUAGUCCAUGUUGGUCUGUCCGUGCCACAGCGCCCGUUCUAUCCUUCUAUAUCGGACGGUUAUUUUAAGGUGGUCCAGGUGGUGGACAGUCUGCUCAAACAUGACAAGAAGUUAGUUUCCUAA